AUGACUGGUCGUCGGUGGGUGUUCUACUCCUGCGCAGCGGGCCCACGAUCCGCUGUCGACAGUUUCGCUGGGUUUCGGGGUGCAGAGAGUUGCCGUUGCUCUGCUGCUUUCCGCUCGUCUCCCGGAAUCCGUCCUCGGCUGUUGUUGGUGUCGGAUGGGGGCGAUGUUUGCCCUCCUGGUCUGUUGACUGCCGGUGUUUUGGUUUGUUCAGUUUUCCUUCUGUUUCCUCCGUUCGUUCUUCGUCGCUGCUCGGUGCUUGGAAGACCGGUCGGCGGUUUCUUGAGGCGUUCUGACUAG